ACGUGAAACGGUGGGUGGCAUUACAUACUUACUUAACGACAAGAGCUGUACACGUGGAAGUUGUAUAUAAUCUCUCUACUGAGGCGUUCGUGAUGAGUAUGCGUAUGUUGAGGUACACUCGGAUAAUGGGACGAACUUCCAAGGUGCGAACCGAUUGCUUCAAGAACAGAUUCAGAAAAUCGCCGAAGGCAUGGCAGCCAAUACAACAACCACAUGGGUGUUCAAUCCUCCGGGCGCUCCCCACAUGGGCGGUGCAUGGGAACGUUUGGUGCGAUCGAUCAAGGUAGCGAUGGCGGCGGUCAAUUCGUCGGGACGAAAGCUGGACGACGAAGGACUCCUCACAUUUAUAAUCGAGGCAGAAAGCAUCGUCAAUUCGCGUCCGCUGACGUAUAUGCCGCUAGACUUUGAAGAACAGGAGGCGAUCACUCCCAAUCACUUUCUGUUAGGCUGCAGCAAUGGUGUUCGUCAGCCGGUAGUUGCCACAACAGAUGAAGUAUCGGCCUUGCGUAAUUCGUGGAAACAGAUACAAUAUCAGCUGGACGUCUUCUGGCAGCGUUGGGUACGCGAGUUUCUACCAACACUCACUCGUCGUCCGAAAUGGUUCGGUGAUGUAAAACCAAUCGAAGUUGGGGAUUUGGUAUUCGUUGUCGAUGGGACUAGAAGGAAUGGUUGGAUCAGAGUCCGGGUGCAAGAGGUGCAUGCCGGGAAGGAUGGACGAAUUAGGAAGGUGAAGUGGGCUCAUGCGUCAGUCGGUCUCCAACUUAGCAGUUAUCGACGUGAGAAAGGAUAGUAAAACUGGUUCAGGAACUGCCGGUGACCAGUGUUACGGGGAGGAGACUGUUACGAACCGGGUACACUGUCCCGGGCAGAGAGAAGCGCCGCAGGGGUUCGCUAAACGACCGAGUAUGACAGCUGUCAAAAGUAUUCACCGUGAGGAGAACAAUCUUGAACGUUAAGAAGGAAUCAGCCAUUCUUCCAAUUGCUAUUGCCAGAGCAAUCACGUUGCAAACCUUUAACUGCAUUUUCAACUAUUAAAUCGCCGGCGUGCGACCAAUUAUUAUUGCUGAUUAUUACUGUUAGGAAAUUUGUAAGUACCGCGCAGCGAAUUUAUGAACUAGAAUUGAAUUUACUCACUUUAUUAAUAGGCCUAAAAGAGCGUACUGUGAAGGUUUAUUGUUGUCGGCGAUUAGAAGAAGUUUCGCACUGAUUUUCUUGAAACUGUGUACAACUGAUAACAGGACUCUGCGUUUUAACUUCGACUCCGGAACAAAAACUGUUUAGAAACGCACUACACUGCACUGUCUGACACAAUUUAACGUUUAUAAUGUUUAUACUCCAGCCCUUGCUGGGAUAAACACCUUCAACAACACACUCGACUGUAUCGAAAGAGCGUUCGGAUACGAAUGAAAAGUCACAUUUUGUUUCUCAAUAAACAUUCCCCUGUGCCUACAGAAAGCUUUGAAAUCAACCAAUCUUGUGUUAGUGAAUUCCCUUUAGAUGAUCUAGCUGGGUUUAGCGAAUUGCUCGAUAUAAGCCUUUCUUCUUGCUCAGACAUGAAGAACAAAUA